AUGUCCGGCGGCUUCUACAAAUAUCGCUGUAAAUUCUUUUACUCCCAUAACUGUACUAACUGGGUGUGGAUGAAUGAGUCGCCCUGUGCCCCCUGCCUCGCGGAAGGCCGUGAGGAAACUGGGGAGGCGAUGGCCUCUCGCCACCCAGGCACAAUAGAGAAGGAUUCUUAUCGGACUCUCGGGCCAGAGAUGCAGAGACUCUUCUUCGGCGUAGCACCCAAUAUCUUAAAUGAGAUCUACUUUAACGAGGAAAGAUCCAAAUGCUUGAUCUUAUAG